GUCCGUCCUCUCCUCUGUCUGUGCUGAUAGAGCUGGGCUGCAGUCAUGCAUGUGGACACUGUCUUUUUAGUGUGGCCUCUGAUAUUUGCAGCACGCCUGUGGAGGACGGUCCACGCCGUCUCUCCUGUGCCCUCAGUCCCCGACCGCGUCCAAGCCCUGGUGGGCUCCUGCGUGGUGAUUCCCUGCUCGUUCCCUGCCCCAGCCCCCCUCAGGGGGAGGACGGAGAGGGUGGACGUCCGGUUGAGGUUCCGAGGCGGUGGGCCCUUUUUCCCUCUCCGCAGCACCGCCUUCAACAGCGAGGACAGAGAUCAAGUGAGCCGGGACUUCCAAGGCCGGGCGUCCCUCUUUGGGAGAAUCCAGGAUGGAGACUGCUCGGUGAAGGUGGAGAAGAUCAGCCGGGACGACUCGCGGGUGUUUGAGAUCACUCUGAAGAAAGGGGAUGACUUACUCUGGGGGAGGCCAAAGCGCUUCAAUCUGGACGUUUUGGACACCCCCGAGGCUCCCGUCAUCAGCGGCGUGUCGUCGGCCACGGAGGGCCAGCUGGUCAGCCUGAACUGCUCCGUCAGCUACCACUGCCCCCCGAGACCCCCUGUCCUGCAGUGGAGCUGGGAGAGAGGAGCCCAGCCGAACAGCACCGAGCCCGGGGAGGCGCAGACCCUCCACCCCGAGCCCCACAGGCCCAUGCUGCUGGCCCCUCUGUCCUUCACCGUGUCCCACCAGGUGAAACCCAGGCUCAGGUGUGAAGUCCGCUUCCCGGGAGCAAAAGCCGUGUCCGUUUCCAGGGACCUGCAUGUGACAUUUUCACCGAAAGACGUGGUGGUCCAAGUCCAGUCCUUGGUGGUGAGGGAGGGGGGGAGCGCCUUGUUGGUCUGCUCCUGUAAAGCUGACCCCCCGGUGACCGAGUACCGCUGGUCCUACAGCCAACGCGGCCGCACCGUGCACCUCCACCAGCGCACGCACACGGUCCGGCUGUUCAACGUGACCCGGGACAUGAGGGUCCGCUGCACUGCCCAGAACGCGAUCGGUCGGGCAGAGUCUCGGCCCACUCCGCUGAACGUACAAUACAAACCGGCCAUCCUGCGGCUCUCCGCCUGCGUGCUGGAAGAUCUGGAAGUGCUUUGUCGCUGCUCAGUCGACUCCAACCCCGAACCGGCGGUGACCUGGAGCGUGAACGGCACCGUUCCCCCUCUGGGCUACAACGUGUCGGUGACGUCUGAGCCCGACGCGCUGACCGCCACUCUGAGAGGCCGCAUGGACCGACCUCAGGCCGUGGUCUGCUUCGCGCUCAACGCGCUGGGGAACGACUCCCUGGUGUUGCUCCGGGGAGGAGGAGAGAUGUUCCCAUUGUUGUGGUCGGUGAUACCCGCCGUGUCCAUUUGCCUGGUCGUAUUCCUUCUGUCGCUUCUUUUCUACUGCGGCCGAAGGAGGGCGGUAAAACAUGGCCUGAGCAGACGUCCAGCCGUGUACCCUGAGGGAAUGGGGAUUUAUCAGGACCAGAUGCCGCUCUACAUUAACUGCACAGAAGUGACUCAUAUCUACACCAACGGCAGCUACCAACUCGUAUACCAGAACUGUACACCUCACUUUGUCCACAACAAGCAGAUCCGUCCAAUAGGCAGGAGAGGUGGGGAAAGGAGGAGAGCAGGAGAGGACGGAGGAUUAGACAGACGAGUGGGGUUGGGAGUGGGAGGCACGAGGGAGGUGCAGAGUACCUCUGGGGCCGAAGCAGAGACCGCAAUCUACCUGGAAAUCCUCUGAGCUCACUGUGGAGAAGACCCACGAUUCAAUGGAUACAUUAAACUCCCGUUUGACGUCAGGUUAAUGCUCACUGAUGGUAAUAUUUCGCACAUCCGUUGUGUGAUCUACUGGUGGUCUUUCCCAUAGUCUCCAUAUUGAACAAUGUAUGCCUCUUUGAAUGUUUGCCUGCCUACGUGCUUUUUUUUAUUAAAUCUAUUCUUGUGUCGACUUUAUUGUAGAGCGUAAUUACAAUAAUAAUAAUGUUUUGUUUGGUCACGGUGAUUUUUGACCUUUGACCUCUAAAUUCCGGAGCAGUUCUCGUUUGUGCGCGUGUUUGUACCAAAUCUACAGAGACUGAGUAGUGAGCUCACAGUGACCUUUGCUCCUGGAGUCAGAGUGACAUCCAUUGGAUGGAGUGUGUGUGAGUAUUGUAUGGGUCUCCCAAGGAGAAGGAGAUCAGGAUCAGGAUCAGGAUCUUAUCCCCCCCCCCCCCCCCCCCGACGUAGGGAUAAUGAUGUGCCAUAUCUGGUGUAGAGAUCUCUACUUUUGCAUUGUUCAUUCUGUACAUCUGAACAUCCAUCGUACUCUGUCCAUUCCAGGAAAGGAAUCCUCAUAUUUUACUCUUCCUGAGGUGCCUCUUUUCUCCAGAUUAAAGGAUUUUAAUGAUUUUUCUGGAGUUUUUCCUGGGCAGAUGUAAGGGUCAAAUGUCAGAGGAUGUUGCAGAUUGUAAAGCGCUGUAAAUCAAAUUUUAAUCUGUAAUUUGGGACUGUACAAAAUAAAUGUAAAAUCAAAGCUUCA